CCUGUGGCAAUCUCCCUUCGCAGUCCACUACCUGCCUUUGUCCUACUAAGUCUCUAUUCAUUUUUUUUAAAAAAGCUAGUCGAGGGGGGAAGAGGAGAAAAAAAGGAAAGGGGAAAAUCUCGCAGACUAAAAUCAUCCGAAUGAUGAAACCUUAAUUUUAUCCUCCUCUCUUUGAUGUUAAGCGGUGGCUUCUUACUUUAAAAGGGGGGAGGGAGGGAGAGAAAGAGAGAGAGAGAGGAGAAGAAGACAGUGCUAGGAGCAGAUGACUUUUCAUCCCCACUUCACCUUGCCACUGGGUCUGUGAGAGAUUGGUUCACUGUCAAGGAGACUUUUUUUUUACCCAUGAUUCCAUAUGGUAUGGACUGGGCUACAUGUUGCCCAACAUGCCAGUGCAAAUGUUUUCUCAAUUAGGUGUCUUAUCUCCCGUGAGUUAGCAUCAGAUGAAGCUUGCUGACAGCAUAAUGGCAGGGAAAACCUCCGACGGAUCCAUCAAAUGGCAGCUCUGCUAUGACAUCUCGGCCAGAACUUGGUGGAUGGAUGAAUUCCAUCCAUUCAUUGAAGCACUUCUUCCCCACGUCCGAGCAUUUGCAUACACAUGGUUCAACCUACAAGCUCGAAAGCGAAAAUACUUUAAAAAACAUGAGAAGCGUAUGUCAAAAGAGGAAGAAAGAGCUGUGAAGGAUGAAUUGCUAAGUGAAAAACCAGAGGUCAAACAAAAAUGGGCGUCCAGACUUCUGGCAAAGCUACGGAAAGAUAUAAGGCCUGAAUACCGAGAGGAUUUUGUUCUAACUGUCACAGGGAAAAAACCUCCAUGUUGUGUUCUUUCAAAUCCAGACCAGAAGGGCAAAAUGAGAAGAAUUGACUGCUUACGCCAGGCAGAUAAGGUCUGGAGGUUGGACCUUGUUAUGGUGAUUUUAUUUAAAGGUAUUCCGCUUGAAAGUACUGAUGGCGAACGCCUUGUAAAGUCCCCACAGUGCUCAAACCCAGGGCUGUGUGUACAGCCGCAUCAUAUAGGGGUUUCAGUUAAGGAACUCGAUUUAUAUUUGGCAUACUUUGUGCACGCAGCAGAUUCAAGUCAGUCUGAAAGUCCAAGCCAGCCAAGCGAAGCUGAUAUUAAGGACCAGCCAGAAAAUGGACAUUUGGGCUUCCAAGACAGUUUUGUCACAUCAGGUGUGUUCAGUGUGACUGAACUAGUAAGGGUCUCGCAAACACCAAUAACUACAGGAACAGGUCCUAAUUUCUCACUCUCAGAUUUGGAAAGUUCCUCAUACUAUAGCAUGAGCCCAGGAGCAAUGAGAAGAUCUUUACCAAGCACUUCCUCUACCAGCUCUACAAAGCGCCUCAAAUCUGUAGAGGAUGAAAUGGACAGUCCGGGUGAAGAGCCAUUUUAUACAAGCCAAGGGCGGUCUCCAGGAAGUGGCAGUCAGUCAAGUGGAUGGCAUGAAGUGGAGCCAGGAAUGCCAUCGCCAACUACAUUAAAGAAGUCAGAGAAGUCUGGUUUCAGCAGUCCCUCGCCUUCGCAGACCUCCUCCCUUGGAACGGCAUUCACACAGCAUCAUCGACCUGUCAUUACAGGACCCAGAGCAAGUCCACAUGCAACACCAUCGACUCUUCAUUUUCCAACAUCACCCAUUAUUCAACAACCUGGGCCAUACUUCUCACACCCAGCAAUCCGCUAUCAUCCUCAGGAGACUCUGAAAGAGUUUGUCCAACUUGUCUGUCCCGACGCUGGUCAGCAGGCUGGACAGGUGGGGUUCCUCAAUCCCAAUGGUAGCAGCCAAGGCAAGGUGCACAAUCCAUUCCUUCCUACUCCAAUGUUGCCACCGCCACCUCCACCACCAAUGGCCAGGCCUGUACCUCUGCCAGUGCCAGACACAAAGCCUCCAACUACGUCAGCAGAAGGAGGUGCCGCUUCUCCUACUUCACCAACCUACUCGACACCCAGCACCUCCCCUGCAAACCGAUUCGUCAGUGUUGGACCACGGGAUCCAAGCUUUGUAAAUAUCCCUCAACAGACACAGUCCUGGUACCUGGGAUAAAACUCUCGGCUUCCCACCAUCUGCCAGACCGACCACCUGACCCCUUCCCAACUCUGUAACAUGGAAGCAGCCACAGUGCAGUGCAGUUACUUCACCUCUGUGGAAGGGAAGAUGAACAGAUACUGAUAGCAAACAACUGCUUAUCUUCAAAAAAUGGCAAAAGUUAUGGUUGAUCAACAAAGGCCGUAACAUUGUUCAGGGGCAUGGGGAGGAGGGGGAUUUUUUUUCAACAACAACAAAAAUAAGAACACCUUAGUGACCGAUGUAAUUUCUCAUAUGGUGCUGGAAAUGUUUGGGCUUCAUACUUUUUGAAGUGUUCAAUUGGUAGUGUAAGCAUUAGGGACACUGGUAGUAGAGCCAGCCUUCUGGCUGCUUACUGACUUGCUGUUAUAACACUUUCCAUAUGGCGCCUAACUGUUUUACAGUAUUUUCACUGACUUUUCCCCAUACAGGUGUGAAACUUCUUGAGAAAUCAUAAGGAACACACGUUAAAUGAUAACUUUUGCAAUACCUGAAUUCUGCAAUACAGAAUUUACAGGACAGACCUGGGGGUUGGGUUUUGCUUUUUGUUUUUUUCUGUAACAUAUCAGUUCUUUUUUUUUUUCAAUUGCAGUCAGCGGUUAGUUAGAUAUGUGACAUGAAUCAUAAGAACAUUAUCAACAAGUUGAUUUUCCACCCAAGUUGCAGAGAAAUAUGAAAGAUCAACCUACUGCUGUUCACGUGAAAUAGAAAAAAGGGUUUAAAUGCUGCACUUACAUAAAGCAUUUGUGACAAUUUUCAACAAUGACAUAAAAUCCACAUGGAGAUGGGGAAGUUGGUCUGUUUUGAUAGAAACUGAAAGAAGUCAAUCAAAACAAUCGAAUUUUGAAUUGAGAAAAGUGCAAUUUCAUUGGAUAGCUAAAUAUCUUUGUAAGAUAGAGAUUGUUGAAAAUUCUAUUUUUGUUUUCCAAGUCCUAUCACCCCAGGACUCUAAAUUAUUGGGGUAAAAAACAGCCUUGCGAGAAAAAAAGGGGGAGCUAUUUUUGCUUUUUAUGUUUUUUAUUGUUAAACUUGUAUCCCUUUAAAACUGAAGGAAAUUUUAAAAAAACAGAAUUUAAUGGUGCUUUUACCACACUAUGUUAUCUACAUUAAAUGCUAAUUAAUCAUUUUCUGUUAUCAAAGCACAUAAUUAAAAUUAAAUCAUAAUAUCUGUUAAUUUUAUAAGCUAAAAGUCACUAUAAUAAAUUAUGCCAAUUCUGACAAAUCAUAUGUGUUUCCGGCAAUAUAGGGUAUAUCACUUCUCAGAAUACCUUGGACACAACCCAACACGGAAGUAGGUGUGCUUAAGCCUUUUGGAACAGAUGGCUUUAAGCCUGCCUCUCCCUGCAUUGGAUCGUGGCCCUUGAGACAAUAAUAAUAAGACAGAGCUGUCCAGAACGUAGAACCCCUUUGUAUCCCUGAACUGGCUUUAUUUUUCCUGGACUGCAAAGGCAGCAAUACAGAAGCAAAAUGCUGAUUAUAUAUCUUGUGCCAGUUCAAGGCAAUGACACUUGCUUAGACAAAACAAAAAGAUGAUGAAGAAGAGUUUGGACCCCAAAUGUCCUGUAUGUUAUGUACAAAAAAGAAAAAAAAGGAAAAGGAGGAAAAAAACAGCAAAAAAAUGCAAGAGAUUUUUUUUUCUAUCAGACAGCGGAGCACCCCUUUGCUUCCCAUGCAACUUUAAGAAGGUUUCCUAUAUUAUACAUAUAUAUACGUUCUGGUUGGCCGAUCUAGCUAAUCAGAGAAAGUCUCUGCAUGUUCUAGUGUUAGUAACUAAUUUUUAUAUAGUUAAUGUAGGGUAAAGUAGAGUGCAUUAAGACACAAUAUUGUAAUCCCUAAUCCAGGCACUUGCCUUUAAACUAUGUUUGUUCAGCCCUUCAGAAGGGUUUCUACUACUGUCCUAUACAAUCAAGUAAACUGAAUUUCUUGGGAAGACACUUUGCUCCUCAUCUUUUCCCUAAAACUAAUUUUUUUGUUUUGUUUUCUUGAUUUGCACGAAACAAAAAAAAAAGAAUUCCAUAUCAAUGUGCCUUGCCCUGGAUAGCGAUUAUUUGUGGAAUUGUUGCACAUGUUCCUAUAUUGAAAGGGGUUUUUUCUCCCUAGUCAAGCAUUUGGAGACACUUUUUUGUAAAUGUGACUUUUAUGUCAGCCAUUGUCAGUUUCGGCAUCUUAGAACUGAGUAGAGCGUUAGUUGUUCCACAGAUAGGGGUAGUGUUUUCUUGUCCUGUACGGUCAGUGGCAGUGCUAUUCUAAGAUCUGUAGAUGCUAGAUAUCAGUAUUUUUGAUGUUGCUGCAUUUUACAUUUUAUUUGGAGUCUUCCUCUUGUUUUGUUUUUAAUUUUUUUUCUCCCAGAUAUAUGAAAAUAUGCAAUACCUGCUUAUAUCAUGUAGAAGAAAAGCUUAGCAAUUCUUGAUUUUUCUUUUGACUUUUUUUUAUUUGACCAAAGUCGGUGCUGCAAUUGACGCAGUGUGUUUUAGGUGUUUGUCUUUGUACUUUUUUGUUGUUGUGAUUUUUUUUUGAAUGCACACGCAGGAAGGGCUCUUCUUAGAGAAGCAGUCAAACUGUGAAGCACUAAGCUGAACCCUGCUUCAAGCAAUUUUUUUUUGUUUUACAACUGUUCCUUUCACAAGCAAGCCUUAAAAAAAAAGAAAUCCCUUUUUCUUCAGAUCCCACACCCAUUUUUAUUAGCAGAUUGCAAUCAACCCACAUUCAAUAAAAAGUAUAUAAUGCCCAUUUUUAUAUGCACGUUUUUAAACUUCCAAGUUCUGAAAAUUGUUUACUGGUUAUUCUCUAUUUAAAGAAAAAAAUGUUUUGGAUUUUCAUAUAUGUCAAAUAAGUGGUUGAGUAGUCAUUUGCUCUGUUGUAUUGUGUGAUUGUUAGUAUUAUGGUAUCACAUCCACUAGCCAGCAUCUUUUGCCUUCCCUAUAGCACUUAGCAGGGCAUUACCUUAUUAAGACAUAUGUGCACUAAAAAAAAGAAGAAAAGAUAAAAAAAUAGCAGCUUUCAGUGCUUCACAGUGAAGGGAAAAAAAGCCUAGACAAACAUUUUGUCAGAACCUUGCUAUAAGCCAAGGUAUUACCAGUGAAUUGGUUGUAUAUACAACAAAAUUGCACCCUUUUUUAAAAAAGAAAAACAAAGCAAACUAAGCAAUAGUUUGGGCAGAUAGUUGUUUUUAGUGAGCAUGUCGUAGUCAUGGCCGCAAAGAGCGAGAAUCAAAGCUGCCCACGCAGAAGCGAUGUAAUUUGUAUGUUGUAUAGUUUUAUUGAUUACACUGAUUUAUUCUACCCUAUUUUAUAAUGCAGGACUUUUGUAAUGUUGUUUAAAUGAGGAAAAAUUCUGUCAAAUUAGCUUAGCGGAAUUUCUGAUUGUUCGUUAUAAAGGCAGCAUUCAUAGAAUUGCUUUUUUUUCCUUUGGGAACUGGAUUUAAGUUUAAAACUUUCCUGUUUCCUUUUUGUAUGUAUUUAAAUACAGUUAUUAUUUUUUUUCUUCUCUCAAUAGUAUAGCAUAUUCCUAUGCUUGAGAAGUAUAGGCUACUGAAGAACCAUUGUAAAUGGACAUUACAGAUAUGCUGUAUUUUUGAAGGUGUUUUAUCAUAUUAAGUUUGAAGAUGGUAAAGUUAGGGAAAUUCUGAUCGGAAUUGUGUCAAAACAAAUUGUUUUCAAGGCUUUAAACGUUAGAUAGGGCGGUCAGGGGUGUUUACCAACAGGAGUUGUAAAGUAUUAAAGACACUAAAUUCAAUGGUGGUUCAUCUGAUUUUCAUGCAGAUACACAACAAUUCGGAUCUGUUCAAGUGUGGAGAACAAACAGAGUUUUAUUCCUCGAAGUAGAGCAGAGAACGGAGAUCUGAGGGGAGACAACCGCAUGGGGUGUACAGUCGACAAUAGAGAAAUAAUCUCGAUUCACACUUAGAAAGCAGAUUCACACGCGCACUUGCCCAUUCCAAAAUUGCUUUUCAUCCUUUGUACAAACCAGUUUUCUUUCUGAUCUUUUUCUUUGAGAACUGACAAACGCACAACACCGACUUCUGCUUCCUCACACAAAACACAAACAGGAGCCCACUUGGAAUUGACACUACCGAAAAUAGUCUUUUUGUUAUUAUUAUUAUUAUUAUUCCCCUGACCCCUUUUCAAAAUAGGACUCUAGCUUGUUAUUAUUAUUCUGCACACCCCUGCAAUAUUGUAAUUAUUCAUCUUAUUAUAUAUAUAUUUUUAAACGAUAGGCCAAUAUCACCCAUGAGUAUACCUUGUCUGUAUUGUAAACUCUCCUCCUUCUCUUUGGAAAGUUGAAGAGUAAAGGAAUAGAACCUUUUCCAGCUCCACAGUAUUCAGUCAGCCCACAGGAAUAUGCAAAAUCCCUCUACCUAGCUUUCUUUCUCUCUAUCUUUUUCAUUCUAUAUAUUUUGCAGCUUAGUAGUGACAGUGUUAACAUUUACCGUACACAUAUACACAACGAGAACCCCAAAUACAUAACAUAAACCGCUUUUUUGCCCCUUGUGUUUUUUUUUUCUUAAAUGUCACCAUUAUACUUUGCAUUGUGUCUCUGGAAAUAUCUUCUUUUUUUAAAAAAAAAUGAUUUUACUUUGGUAGAAGACCUCCAUAGAACAAACAUUGCAAACCACAACCGGCAUAGAAAUGGAAGGAGAGCUUCAAUGGCACCUAAAUGAAACCCAUCUUUCAUGAAAUCUAUUGGAGAUCUCAUGAAGUGAACUCUGCCUACCAGGCAAGGUUUCCAUUAAAUCAAGCUUACAGAGCCAAUUUUGUCUUGAAGUCAAUGCAUGUAUUACUGUUUGACAGUAAAACCCGGCUAUGCCACCAUCAAGUCCAAGGCUGUGCAAUAGUCUAAUUAGUAUCGAGUACAUUUUCCUUUUAUUUUUUUCCCAAUAAAAAAGCAGUGGGAUGAAAAUUGCUUUGAUAUAUAGCAGGUAACAUUGAAGCUAUUCCAUAGCACUUAACUGUAGUGAAUACUGUGUCACCAAUUCUGAAAUCAAUUUAAUGUUUAAUGCAAAUCCAUUACAUGGUGCUAUUACAGGCUGGCAAAAUGAUUUACAAAAAUGUGACAACUUGGGCUCAAUUCACUCUGCUUUCCAACAAUGUAAAUGCAUAGCAGUGUUUAUCUGCAUGAGAACUAUGCACUAAUAUAAAUCUGAAAAAAGAGAAAGAAAUAUAUCAACUUUGGUAUCUAGUUUCUGUUUACUUCAAUCCUUGCCUUUUUGGUCAUUAUUAUAAAUGCCAGCUUUAGGACAGAAAGAAAAUAUAAGAAAACCAGCAUAAUACCUGAUAUAUUAAAAAUGUAGUGCCUGUGAAAUCUGUAUUAUAUUGCUCUUCUGAAGUAAGAUUUUUCUACACCAGUAGCCUUCGCUGUCUGUCAGAACCUUCUGAUAUAGGUGAUGUAAAAUAACCGUACAAUAUUAAUGCAUGCUAUUCCAUAAUGCUUAGUGAGCUGUAUGAAUAUUACUCAAAGUUAUGUUAGUCUUUUUUUUCCUGACUUGGUUCUUGUCAGAUAGGUUUAAAGAUAUUUCAUUGAGAACACAACUUCUGGGUUUUUUCUCUCUUGAUUUUGGGUGUUUUCAGUAUUUUGAAGAUAUACAGUUAACUUAAAAUUCAGUAUUAUUUGUGGGGGGCAUUCUUUAUUCUUGAGGGAAGGCAUGGGUUUCAAAUAAAAAAAAUCCUUGCCUGGUAGGGUUUUGUUCUGUUCUGUUCUGUUCUGUUUUUUUCGCUUAAAGCAUCCAUAAGAACUCUUUAAGAGCUCAAUCUCAGAAGAAAAAACAAGACAUCAAGUUUCAAAGUAAGGAACAAUCCUCAAGCUUGGAACUGACCUUGAAAGUGGUUUCUUAAUGGACAAUAUUCAAACCAGGUACCCAUGUUUGACCCUUCUUCACACCAGACCUCCUUAUAUUAAAACAAACUUUUAAAGAACCUUUUAAAACCCAACGUCAUAUGGCUCUUUAGUUUCAUGCAUUGUUGCAUUUUUUUCUUCAAAACUCUGUAUAUACUUUGGGCCCGAUUCAUGAAUGGUCACUGGGCAUUAACAUAGGAUUUUGGUGUAUAUUUUUUAAUCCAAAUUUGGGGACUUGUUCUUUCAUUCUAAGGCCAAUAGAACUUCAGCACAUUGCUGUUGCCAAGAUUUGACAUAAUUUUCACAUCCACCCAAGUUCUACAUGAAGGCAGAACAAGAUUUGGAGCGUAUAACUUGCGUACAUGUAUCAGUUACCAUGAAGGAAAACAUUUCCUAAGUCAUGCUAAUUUGUCUAGAGCUUCCUGAAUUCUGCACUCUGCUCAGAUAUAAGAGUUUUACUAUCUUGCUCAACAAACUCUCUUGGCCACAGGAAGAUCUACUGGAUUUUGUUUUCAUGACCCUCCCUAGUCAAAGCAGUAUAAGAGAAAACAUUUACAAUCCAGUAUUUCACCAAGUAUUUCCUUACUCACAUUGAGUGGCAAGCCUCAGAUCAGUGAACAAUUCUUCUCCAAAAGAAAGAGAGAAAUCUAAAUGUGAAUGAGAGCGAGAAGAUUGGCAGUUUAAUGUAGAGGUAUCAUUCCAACUCAAUGAUGCUUAGAGAGCACAGAUAUUAAAUAUAGCAACGUGGCUGAGUGGACAGUCUCUCACCUGUACCUCUGCUAUUAUUGCUGCUGUAAAAAAGAUUGGAAGCUCGCUUUGCAGUUAUUUUUCAAGAUUGCAAAAUGUGUUUGUGGAAAUAACCACAAUAUACCUACGGUUGGCCUUUGCACACUGAGCAAUUCACUCGUGCAGAUCUAAUAGAUAUCCCUGAUAUCUAUUUUUUUCCAAUUUGGUGUAACAAAAGUUCUUCCAAUAUAUAUGUGAAAUAUCUGCUGCAAAAUCACUUGAUCCCUGUGUUAAUACUCUCAUGACUCCACCAUUGUAUGAAUCGGGUCCCUUGUGCCUCUAGUAUCCUUGUAUUGACUCUCAUAGUUACCAUUUUAGUUUUACUGUGUUCUGUAAAAAUUUUGCAAUUGGUUGAAAAUCACUGUGGGCAUCCAUUCUUUUUUUUAAAAAAAAACUAAAUCUCUGCAGGUUUUUUGAGCUGGUGUGGAUUAGUUUAACACUUGUAUUCAACCAUUAGUGCUACCACCCUCUCACAUUACAAUACGAUUACUGGAAGCAAGUACUGCAUUUCCUAUGCAACAAAAAAGGAAAAUAAAAAAUUGCUAAUGCUAA